CUGAUACUGGUUCCUGGUUGCAGGCUUCGUUGACCCAAGGCAUCCCUUCAUAACCACGCUAUUGCCUACUGGAGACUUCUGCAGAACAGAAGGAAACAGUCAGGAAGCAAAGAUGAUCUCCUUCAAGCAACUGCCUCUUGAAGCAAAGGCUGCAGUGGCUGCAGGAGUGGUUUUCUUCUCCAUGAUGCUAUCGCGCAGUUAUCUGGCAGAACAACUCGAGUUCAGGACGCGGCGUUGGCUUCUAAGGCUGCAGAUGGCACUGUUUGCUAAUGCCCUCAUGUUGAUAGGCUCUCUUCAUGUUUGGAGAAGCACAGUCACCACGUUCUCCAGGUCUUCAGCUGCCAGCUCCUUCUGUUUAAUGCCAUGGAAAAUAGCUGUGUUCAUGUUUCUAGCUUUGGCUCAUUCAAGCUUCUUUACAUUGCUAUUUCUUGUUGCAGAGGAGCCCUAUUUCUUUUCUUUAGCUGCCUACACUUGCCUGGGGGCCUAUAUCAUUCUUAUCUUCUUCCUCUUCACUCUAGGCUCUGUAGAGCAGGCUUACAGGUUCUUGGCUGGGAGAGGCCCUAAGGCAGGUACUGGCAACAAGAACAGCAGAACAGCGAUGAAACCAGUUUUGGCAGUCAUGCUGACUGUUGUGCUGACUGUUGUUGGGCUGUUAAAUGCUUCCCGGCCUCCCACUGUGAAUUCAGUGGAGGUUCCAGUUCACAAGCUGCCCUCAACAAUGAAUAAUCUGAAAGUGGUUUUGCUUUCGGAUAUCCAUCUGGGGCCUACAGUUGGGAAGACCAAGCUUGCCAUGAUUGUGAGAAUGGUUAAGGCUUUGAAACCAGAUAUCACUGUGAUUGUUGGGGACCUGACUGACUCUGAGGCAGAGAUCAUACGACCUGCUGUUGAGCCUCUUGGAGAACUUAACUCCCCUUUGGGGACUUACUUUGUCACAGGAAACCAUGAGUACUACACAUCGGAUGUUAGCAACUGGUUUGAGCUGUUAAAAUCAUUUAACAUUCGGCCACUCCAUAAUGAGAAUGUGAAGAUUGUUUCACCGAAGAGCACUGAUGACUGGUUCUGCCUGGCUGGCGUUGAUGAUAUUGAAGCAGAUGUAUUGCGCUACUCGGGGCAUGGCAUGGAUUUGAAAAAAGCUCUCAGAGAUUGUAGCAGUGAGCAUGCGAUAGUGCUGUUAGCUCAUCAGCCGAUUGCUGCAAAGUGGGCCCUUCAGGAGAGACCAGACAUAAAUUUAAUUCUCUCUGGCCAUACUCAUGGAGGGCAGAUGUUCCCACUAAAUGCUGGGGCUUAUUUUCUGAAUCCCUUCUUUGUUGGCUUGUACAAAGUUGGGCAGAACACCUUUGUCUACGUCAGCCCGGGGACAAUGUACUUUGGAAUACCCAUGAGGCUGGGCAGCAGAGCCGAAAUAACAGAGAUAAUUCUACGUUCUCCUUGAGGAGUUUUCCAUUUGACACACUUCUACCAUCCUUCUUGGUCAGUAUAUUGGCUUUUCUGCUCUGAAAGCAAAUCCUUUUUCAGGGAAGCCAGAGAAGAUGUGUUAGGGCGGACUUCAGCAGGUUCUGUUAAGUUUGAGCAGAAAACACUAACUGUAUCUUGGGCCUGUGAAAGAAAUCAGGGGCAUGUUAAAAUACUGAAGAAAUUAAUUCUUUGAGUUCGUUACUAUUGCAGUUCUGCAUUUAAAAAUAGCACUGAUGUCAUGGAGAUAAUGUGUGUCCUGUGCAUGUUUAGUAAUGUCUGUGUCCUGCAGCUGCUUCAUGUUCCACUGUUUAUUAUCCAUCAGGCAGCUGCCUUAUCAAAUCUCAGACAGGUGAAGUUCUAGUCUCUUGCAAUGAAGUCACUCAUGCAUGUUUUGUGGAAGGGACUACCGUGUCCACUGAGUGUGUAAACUCUAGAAGCCUUAUGCUAGAAAUGUUGCAGGAAGGGAAUGGUUCUGUUUGGUUUUUUUUUUAAUUGAGGCUGGAUAUCUUUAUCCUGCUGUCUGUCUGCAGCAUGCACCAGGGCUUCCAGUCUCAGCUGCUUACCAGUACAGUAAGGUGCCAGGCAUCAGUUCCUGAAAUUCAAUUUUUUCCAGUUAAAAAGCUGGGAAGACUGAUAUCAAAGGGUGAAAGUAGCUGUCCUUCUGCAGGCAUUUUCCCGAGAAUAACUGGGCAUCUAGUAAUUACUUACUGAAAAUAGUUCUACCUAGUACCUGCACAAAAUCCAAAGCUGAAAUACUCAGUCUCUUUUCUCUUCAUUCUGUGCUUUUUUUCUUUAUGCUUACUUUCUCUUCUGUGAUUUUUCUCUUACAAGAGUAAGGAGAUGCUAUUUGAAAACAAUGCAGAUAGGUUAAUGCUUGAAUUUUGUUUAAGGUUUCAAUAUUUCAAGUAAGCGGUGUCCUUUUUAAGAAGAAUAAACUCUGCAGCAGGUGAUUUCCCUUAAUAGCAUUUGUGCAUCAAUGUCCUGGUUGUCUGAUAGGCAUGUAGCAGGAUAACCGCUACAGGAUAAUGAGGGAUGGAGAAUUUAUCUCUGUCUUUCUUAGGAGAACUUAACACAAAUUAGUAUCAUUCUGGGAAAUUUGAGAUCUUAGAAAAUAUUAAUAAAAACAUUCUUGCUUCCAUAUCUUUGUGUUCAUCUAAGAAAGCCAAGAUGUAAAUUUAUGUCCAUGUAUCAUCUAGGUUGAUGAAAGAGUUUACUUCUGUACAUCUUUCUCUCUCCCCUUCCACCUCAGUUGCUGUAUGAAAUGCAAUGCAAGUCUGGGAAUCUUGCCUCUGCCUCCGAGGUCUCCAGCCGUAGCCGCAGGGAUCCCUCUCUCUGUCUUUCUGCCCACCAGUACCCAGGCUCCUCUUGGGCAGACCUGUAUAGCAUGGAGCAAAAAGAGAUCAGUGCUUACACAGGAGGCUGAGGAAGGCAAGACUAGUGCUGCGGUGUUCAGUCUUUUCCUGCUUUCCUGUUAUCCUGAACCAGACACAUUUCUGUUUUAUUCUUCAGUUCCUGUUCUUGUUUUGCAGGAGGUGUGGGGGGUGUAUUUGAAGAGUACCAUAGGGUUUGAAAAGUUGAGGUGAAAGUUUCACUUCAUCUACUCCCUUCAGCCCCCGCUCCCCAGUAGUUUUGAACUGCUGGUUUUGUAUCCUGUUCCUCUGUACAAACAUCUUGCAUUUUUAGUCACAGAAAUACUGAAAAAUACUGUAAAUGUGUCACGUGCACUGGAAGGUUGGUGGAAGAGCCGGAGAAGUCAGUCCUCUUCUAGUCUGAAAACUGAACAACUGACCAGCCAGGCUCUCUACUUGCCUGACUAAUAAUUUGUUUCCCAAAAUCUUACAAUUUUGUACACUUUUUUUUUGUGCUUGUGCAAUAAUAUCCGCUUAAGUAUCCCAAAGCUUCCACAUGUGUUUAACACUGCCUUCAUGGGGUCCUUCUGAGCUUCUUUCCCAUCGGUGGUGUAGUGUCAAAUGGUCUUAUGUAGAGAGAAUGUUGAUAGCCUUGAUACCCUCUGUUUACUUAUCAACAUGCCUUCAGUUAAAAGCUGUGUUCUGGGUUUAAUAGUAUUCCCUCUAGGCCAGUGGUCCAGGAAGAUCGCUUUUCAUUUGUUAUGCUGAGGGUUAUUACUGCAUUAAGACUAGUUUUUAAACCAGUUUCCUUAUCGGGAGGCUUCUGUGGGGCUAGUUUUAUAUGGUGUUAGUUUCCCAGUGAGUUGCUCGUAUUAAUUCUUUCCUUUUUUUUCCCUACCCUUUUAUAUUUCUCUCCUUAUUCUGUCCAAAUGUGUGCAGAAACCUAGCUGAAAUGGUCUGUCUGUCCCAGGGGUGCAUAGAUUACUUUUUCAUUGAUUUGUAUGUCCCCACUUUGAAGAUCUUUAUGUAUCCUUUUAGGAACAACACUGCCCUUUUAGAAGUGGUCACGUUAUCAUUUCAUAAAUUUAUUGAGUUCUCCCAGUGUAGUUUAGAUCUUGUUGGGUUUUUUUCUUUAACUCCCUGGAGGGACCCUCUGAAAGCUUGUUUGCUUGAUGAUUAAUUAUCACUUAAAAUGUUUUAUUUCUGUGCCAAAACACUUCAAAGACUUUUCCUGUUUUGCUUUUUAAGUAUGAAUGGAAAGUAUCCUAGAUCAACUUUCUCCUUGAUAGUAAGAGGAAUUAAUCUUUUCUGAAAACUAAGACAGCAAUCCUUACUUUUCCUUCAAGGCUUUUUUAAUACUUUUUCCUCUUUGACUUGAAUGUGCAUAAUUUAGCCUUGUGUUCAGUAUUCCAGAUGAAAAAAAAAAUCGCUGU